AUGACAUCUCAGAAUAGGACGACUAAGAUCCCACAAAAAGUCAUGCGUUAUUUGCCCCUGAAACCUAGGUUGCAGCGAUUGUAUAUGUCGACGCAUACUGCCACAGACAUGAAAUGGCAUAAGGAAAAACGGGUAGACGAUGAUGUGAUGCGGCAUCCUGCAGAUGGGGAGGCAUGGAAAGAGUUCGAUCAAACGUUCCCCGAGUUUGCUGCUGAUCCCCGAAAUGUUAGAUUGGGACUUGCCACUGACGGAUUCAAUCCGUAUGGGGUUCUAAACCAACACCACAGCACUUGGCCGAUUUUCGUAUUCCCAUAUAAUUUGCCGCCUUGGAAAUGCAUGAAAAAAGAAUACAUGAUGAUGACUGUUUUGAUAACUGAGGAUCCUGGGAGGUCAAUCAAUGUUUACUUAAGGCCGCUGGUUGAUGAGCUGAAGGAUUUAUGGACAAACGGUGUUCGCACGUACGAUAAAUCAACUGGGAAGAUGUUCACUUUGCGGGCAGCAGUUAUGUGGAUUGUGAAUGAUUUCCCAGCAUACACAAUGGUUUUUGGGUGGAGCACAAAAAGUUAUAUGGCAUGUCCUGUAUGCAAGGAAGAUGUAACUUCUGGUUGGCAUGCUGGAAAAGUUUGUUACCUUGGUCAUCAGAGAUGGUUGCCAUGGAACCAUGAGUGGAGGGAAAAAGAUAAAGAGUUCGACGGGAACACAGAGCGUCGCCUUAGACCCAGAGAAUGGUCCGGUGAUGAGAUAUUGGACCAGCUUAACCGGUUGGAUUUUGCUCCCUUCGGGAAAACAGUUAGUCGUAUCAGACCUUCUACACAUAUGAACUGGACGCACAAGCCUAUGUUUUUUGAGCUCCCAUAUUGGUCGAAACUAAAAUUGAGGCACAAUCUAGAUGUGAUGCAUGUUGAGAAAAAUGUAUUCGACACAUUGGUGGGCACGAUUCUAGAUAUCGAGGGGAAGACAAAGGACACGAUCAAAGCUCGUCUUGAUUUGGAAAGAAUGGGCAUACGAAGGGGUUUAUGGAUGAAUAGGGACAAUGAUAAAGCUAGAAGGGAUCUUGCAUUCUUUUCUAUGAAACCGAAUGACAAGAAAGAGUUUCUAAAGUUUGUAUCGUCAGUAAAGUUUCCCGAUGGGUAUGCUUCUAAUAUCGCACGUUGUGUGAAUGUUGACGGGGGUAAAUUUACUGGACUUAAAAGCCAUGACUGCCAUGUGUUUAUGCAACGCCUACUUCCUGUUGGUAUUCGACACCUAUUGCCGGAAAAUUUGCGCCAUGACAUUGUCCAAGUCCUAUGCAAGUUUGAGAUGAUAUUUCCUCCAGCUUUCUUCACAAGUAUGAUGCACGUGAUGGUUCACUUGCCAGAAGAGGCAUUACUUGUUGGUCCUGUCAACUAUCGCUGGAUGUAUCCAAUAGAAAGGCUUCUCGGAGAGCUGAAAAAAAGUGUACGCAACAGGGCGAAGCCCGAAGGAUCAAUCGUAGAGGCUUGGGUUCAAUAUGAGUCGCUUACUUUCUGCGGAAUGUAUUUAAAAGAUGUGGAGACGGUUUUCAAUCGUCCUCAGCGCAAUCAUGAUGGAGGUAUGAGAAAUGAAAAACCUUCUGUUUUUGCCCAAAGCGCACGACCCUUUGGAGAUCCUGGACGCGGAGAGUCGUUUUCUAGAAAUGACAUGGAGGUAGCGCAUUGGUUCGUACUGAACAAUUGUGAUGAGAUCAUGGGAUACUUAUAUGAGCAUGAAGAGAUGAUGAAGCGAGAACAUCCAUCACAUUUGGUUGCCCAGAAACACCGUGAAUUGUUUCCACAAUGGUUUUUGGAUUCUGUGAAUAAGUUGAAAUCAUCGAAUUCCCCAACUUACAGUGAUGAGUUAUAUAACUUGGCGUUCGGCCCGAUUUGCGCUGAAUUGUUCUCGGGUUGUAAUGUCAACGGCGUCAAAUUUUUGGCCGAAGCACGAGAUGACAAGUUGUGUACGCAAAACAGCGGUGUCCAUGUCCCAGGUGGAGGCGAAAGUACGGACAUUGAUUUCUAUGGCAAACUCACAACUGUCGUGCAAUUGCUUUACAAAAAUCGAUACCAAGUGAUCAUGUUUAAGUGUCGCUGGUUUGACACCAACCCAAAUAGGCCGGGAAGUGUUAAAAUCGAUCAUGGCUUACUAUCUGUGAACAUGAACAGAACUUGGUAUGAUGACGACCCUUAUAUUUUGGCAAACAUGGCAACACAAAUUGUGUAUCUAGAUGACCCUAAAGCCGGAAGCGGUUGGAACGUUGUUCAAAAGAUGGAUCACAGGAACGUGUAUGCUAUACCAGAACUAGACCCAACUGACAACGACGUCAACAAUGUGGCUGACCAACGUUUAGAAUCUUCAAUGGAAAAUGAUGCGGAAACACUUCGAGAUACUAAUGUUAUACAAGAGCCAUUUCAAAUACAAGGAGUGUCUUCAAUCGAAAUACCGAUUCAGUCAAUUACAAUUGACCUCGGUGAUCUUCCGCGAUAUGAUGUUGCAGUUGGCCCGAGCAACGACGAUGAUGUAGUUAUAGAGGAGGCGGAGGAGGAGGAGGAAGAGGAUUGGGAGACCGAAAGUGAUGAUAGCAACGAUAACGAAAGUUAUUAUAGUUCAGAUGAUGAAUGA